AACGCUUUUGUUGAAAGUUGAUUUUAUAAACUUUGCUGCUGACUCGGAAGCGACCAACCUCCCGAGUUACGAGUUACGACUCACGACGGCCGCUGCUAGCCUGUACAGGAAGCGCAAGGUUAUAUCCUGCGCACCCUUUUAGCUCGGUUAGCGAAAGAUGGCCGAUGACGAAAACCUCCUGAAAAAGCUCGAGGACUCGACUAGGAAUGCCACGCGCCACCAACUGGAAACACUCCAGUCCAUACUCGAACACCAGGGCGGCGUACGUUAUUUCCAGCACCUCCUGCAAAGCUACAAUUCGCCUGUCGACGUUGCCACCUUCCGCCGCGUCGUACCGUUAUCAACUUACGAGGACUACUUAAACGACGUCAAUCGGCUGGCCGAUGGCCCUCACGAUCAUGAUCGUGAUCAACCUCUUCUGUCCGUCGAUCCUCUCAUCUGCUUCUUUUAUAGCUCUGGUACUAGCUCGAUGAAACCCAAAUUGAUUCCUUACUAUGAUUCACAUCUUUCAAAAUCGGCCUCGUAUAUUGCUCAUCAGGGCAGUGCUGCAAUCCUUAGAAGAUUGUUUCCUCCAAGGCCCUCAGUCAAUAAAUUUAUAGGCUUUAUUUAUGCUGAUAAUGUCACAACUACAAAACUUGGUUUUAAGGUGAUGGCUGCUUCUGCUUUCCCUUUUCGGAAUAAUAGUAGUAAUGCUGCCAGUUGGGCUCAUUUUGCCUCAAUUUCGAGUCCUAAGGAAGUCAUUCUUGGAUCCAAUGUUGAGCACCAAAUGUAUUGCCAUCUUCUAUGUGGACUUAGGAACUCCGACCUUAUUGAUAGCAUUCGUGCUCCCUAUGCCAUAGGCUUGAUCCGGGCAUUUUCACUCUUGGAAUCCAAGUGGACGCAACUAUGCGAUGAUCUCGAAAAUGGAUUCUUGAGUUCAGAAAUUUCUGAUGUUGCAAUGAGGGAUUCUGUUAUUGAGGUUCUUGGUGGUCCUCAAUUGGAACUUUCCAAGAGAGUUAAAGCAAUAUGCCAAGAAAAGAAUUGGGGUGGUAUUGUGAGGAAGUUAUGGCCAAAUAUAAGAUUUGUCAAGUGUGUUACCACUGGAAGCAUGAAGCAGUAUUAUCCAAAACUUAAGCACUUUGCAGGAGAGACACCUCUGUUAGGUGGUGACUACUUUGCUUCAGAAUGCUGUAUAGGUAUUAAUUUGAAUAUUACACAACCUCCAGAUACAACCCGAUUUGUCUUGCUUCCUACUGCAGCCUACUUUGAGUUUCUUCCAUUUGAUUUCAAUCAAAUCAGUUCUGUUUGCGAACAAACUGUUGAUAUUUCUGAUGUUGAAGUAGGGAAAAUGUAUGAAGUGAUUGUGACUACUUACAGAGGAUUUUAUAGAUAUCGUUUGGGUGAUAUAGUGAGAGUUGUUGGUUUCUACAACUCAUCUCCAGAAGUUGAGUUUGUAAUGAGGGUACCUAAGUCUCAAUUCGACAUUAUAACCGAAAGGGACUUGAUGUCUGCAAUUGAAAUUUGUCAACUUGUGAUGAAAAAUAAAAAUGCAUUGGGACCAGAAAUCACAGAGUUUUCAAGCUUCUUAGACUUGGAGCUAAACCCGAAGCAGUUGAAAGUACUAGUUGAAGUUGGAGAGGAACGCAUGUUUGUGGAGGAGAAGUUGGAGGAGUCACUUAUUGUUCUUAGGGAGGUUUGCUCUAUACUUGAGGAUAACUUGGGAAGUCUUUACAGGGUUAAGCGAGAUAAAGGCGAAGUAGGUUCUUUGUUGCUAACCGUUGUAAAGCCUGGUAGCUAUGCUAAGCUGUCACAGGUAGCCAUUGAGAAUGGGAUAUCAGCUAGUCAGUAUAAACCGCCAAAGAUAAUACAACGCCAUGAAGUUGCAGGUUUUCUUGAAAGAUUUGGUCUUGUUACUGUGAGUUUGGACUCGGUUGAACAAGGGAGAAGUUGAGCCAUGGAAACUGAAACAUGCUAAAAUGGGUCCUGUGUUUCUUCUUUCUUCAUCUGAUCAACAAAUCCUUAAUAAUCAGAUAAUAAACAGUCCGAACCCAAGAGCCCCCACCACCUGUGCUACAAGUGGUGGCCUGGUGGGUGCCUCUUCUCUCAUUGGAAUUGAGUUCAUGGAAAUUUCAUAAUUACAAUAAAUGGCCACAAGCAUGAUAUGAUAUAUUAUGUGAUUAUGUCAAAUAUGUAUUAGGAGGUUCGAGUUCUAGACUUCUACUUUAUAGUUGUAAUAUUUUCAUAAUUACAAUAAAAUAAAUGUAAUUUUCAUAGAAAAUCAUGUGUUGUUGUUAUACUAAGAUAUAGGAUGAAAGUCAAUAA